AUGGGAGCAAUAUCAGGUUUCAUUCUCUUGGAGUUGGCUCUAUUUCUAGCUUUUACUUCAAUGCUUCUUCAAACUGGACAUGCACACCCACCAACCCCAACCAACCACACCAAGCAUGCACCGCCCCCUACCCGACCAAAAGUGGCCGCGCCACUGCCUUCCGCCACCAAGUCAAAGGUGGCUCCGAGGCCCAUAGUGCCGCCACCCACCCACGUGAAACCCACUGCCAAGCCAGAAGCUCCUGCAGCCAACCACCCGACACCCACUGCCAAGCCAAAAGCACGGGCAACCGCACACCUGAAACCCACUUCCAAGUCAGAAGCACCGGCAACCGCCCACCUGAAACCCACUGCGAAGGGAACUCCAUCAAUUGAAACUCACACAACCAAGACAAAGGCGGCUGCCAAGGCAAAAUCAGCAGCCACCACCCACCAAAAACCGCCGACCAGACCGGCACCACCGUUGGCUCCCAAAAAGGCUCCCCCGCCGGCUAACCAUCCGAAGACAGCAGCAGGCAAGGCUGCAAAAAAGCAAGCAAACAAGAAAAGCGUGUAA